AUGACUUUCCACAUUGUUUAUGGGGAAAAUGAUUAUUUCAUAAUAUUCCACCAACGUUGUCAUAUAAAACUCGCUUCCGCUGAGAGAUUAACAGGACAAGCAUUAUAUUUCUCAAAUUGGAAAGCACCACAAGAAGAUCCAAACAAAAUUAAAAAGAAUUCAUGGCAUUUGGCAAUUCACAACACCAAUUUACUUUUAGAUGAAUUAUGGGGAAAUGCAACAAGAAACUAUCAUAGCCAUACUAUUGUUUUCUACAAUAAACAACUACUAAAGAGAAUCGAAAAAGUGUUCCCCAAACAAUUUGAAACAACAUCAAGCCAACCAUUUAGAAAAGGAACCGAUCUAAACAAUCCAUUUAUGUAUCAUCAGUUUGCAAAGAGAUAUUAUAAUCAUUUCAGACCGGAUCGAAAAGAUUACUACUCGGUACUAACCGACGACAUUGAAAAAACACAGAAAACAAUGCACAAAAUACUUUCACAGAGACCUCACACCGUCUGUCUCAACGAUGGAAUGGGUACACCACCAGAAAGAAAUGAAUUGAUCAAUGAUCUAUUCAGUGUCUUGAAUUCAAAUUACACUGAUAAACAAAUUGUUGAUGAUUGUUUCUUUGUUUUGAAUCAAAUCGAUUCUCAAAUCGAGAAUGAAACAAAUACAAUUUGGAAUGAUUUAUCAUUGACUACAAAGAUCGACAUACAUUCGAAAUCAUUGGACCUUCUUGUAUUGAAUAGUAAUGAUCUCAACACACUUCUCUUUGAAUUCAUCAAAGAUCUCUAUCGUAAUCAUAAAAAUGAAAUUGGUAAAUAUAAUAUAAUAGAUGAACAACAGAAUAUAUUAAAACCAAUAUGGAAAAGAUUUAGAAAGAAUAAGGAUUUAGACUUUAGACUUUCAUGUUUGAAGUUGAUUGUUUUGAUUCUCAAAGAGGAAACAUCGAAACAACGUAAAGAAGAAUUCCUACCAAUUGCUGCAUAUGUUCAACCAGUAUGUCAAGAACUCCUUCCAACUUUUGAAAUCUAUAAAUUAUCAAUAAUAAAGAAAAUACUAAAAUCUUCAUAA